AUGAGCCGUCUUUACACAUUGGAAGAUGAAUAAUUAGAUUAUGGUUUGGAUUAUGAAAGUGUCCUAGUAGUUAAAGAUAUUGAUUAAAAAAGAUAAUAGAAGGGAAACGACAAUGAUCUUCAAAAAGUACUAAGUCUUCAAUUUUACAGCAGACAUCAGCAAUAAUCAAAGACUACUGUAAAUUUGAGGAGCAUUUAAAGAUUAAUCACUGAGCAAAAAGAGAAUAAUAAAAAGUUGAAAGAAAAUAAGCCCAUCAAUUACAAAAUUAAGACUCCUUCUUUAAAACCUUAUUAAGGCUCAAUAAUCACGCCCAAAUAUUAAACCAAAACACCUUAACUUACAAAAUCAUUAAAAUCGACAAUAACUAUUACACCGUUAAAUUUUUAGGAUUCAUUAUAGAAAAUUAAGAUGUUAGUUUCUAAAUAACAGUAAAAAUACUAGUUAGACUUUAACAAAUUUAAAAAGUCAAUAUAUUGA